AUGGCGAACCCUACGCCUAGUCCCAAGCGCGAGGGUCUCGUCUCGCCCAUCGGCAUGGUCAUCGAAGAGCCGACCUUUCCGAAUAUCCCUGGCCAAGAGCCCACCACGCCCACGCCCGUCCAGAACACUUCGACCGCAGACAUGGCUCACCCAGCAGGCGUAACGUCGCCAGACCAGCCCAUCGACGCCCCACGAGACACAUCGGAGUCUGCCCCCAAUGAUCAGGGUUACUUCGCGUCGACGACGCGUCCCACCCAGCAGAGAUGGGCAACGGAACGGCCGAAGCCCUCUGUGCGACACUCUCUGCUAGGAAGGAUGCAGAAACCGCGCCAGGCAAGACCAGCCGCACCCGAGAGAGCAGCAACAAUCACUUUCGACCCCGAAUCCGAAUCCUCAGACUCCUCAGACGAUGAGAGAGAACUCCCGCGCAAGAGCCUCGGCCAUGCGGACGACCUCACAAAGCAAGCAACGCGCGAGCCUCGCGGACGUCGAUCGGGGCCCUUUUCUCGUCUCAAGAUCGCCAAUGAGCAUUUCAAUACAAAGGGCAGGGUAUCCAAGGCGGACGGACGUCUGAAGCUUAGUAUACUGGAGGAGAACCUUGGCAGUGGAUACAUCGCAAAGGCUCUGGGCACAGCUUUCAAGAAGAACGGCAACGACGAGAACCAAGGCCCUACGAGUUACGACGAUGCUGGAGCUACCAAGAUUAGCCCCGAGGAUGACGAGAUGGAACAUGAUCCUUCACGAAGGAUUAGGCUCAACAUUGUUAUCAUCAUCAUUGGUUCGCGGGGAGACAUUCAGCCCUUCAUCCGGAUAGGAAAGAUUCUGAAAGAAGACUACGGACAUCGCGUUCGCAUGGCCACACACCCGGCUUUCAAGGACUUUGUGGAAAAGGACUCGGGCUUGGAGUUUUUCUCUGUUGGUGGCAACCCGGCAGAGCUGAUGGCGUUCAUGGUCAAGAAUCCUGGACUCAUACCGAACAUCGACACCAUCAAGGAGGGUGAGAUAGGGAGGCGAAGGAGCCAGAUGUACGAGAUGUUCCAGGGCAUGUGGCGUGCUUGCAUCAACGCAACCGACGACGAGACCGACAAGACGAACGUGAAAAUGAUGGGUGAUAAGGCACCUUUCGUUGCAGACGCCAUCAUUUCAAAUCCGCCAAGUUUCGCACCCACUCAUAUCGCUGAGAAGCUUGGUAUCCCGUUACACAUGAUGUUCACCUUCCCUUAUACGCCUACGAGCCAGUUUCCUCACCCACUUGCGAACAUCAAGGCCAGUAAUGUCGAAGCCACCUACAGCAAUUUCAUGUCGUAUCCGCUCGUUGAGAUGAUGAUGUGGCAGGGUCUCGGCGACCUUAUAAAUCGAUUCCGUACCCAGGUCCUGCAUCUUGAGGAAGUAAGCAGAAUAUGGGCACCAGGGCAACUCUAUCGACUCAAGGUACCUUACACCUACAUGUGGUCACCCGGUCUCAUCCCAAAACCAAAGGAUUGGGGCCCAGAGAUCGACAUUUCAGGUUUCGUCUUUCUAGACCUUGCUUCCUCAUUUACGCCACCGGAUGAGUUGCAGAAGUUCCUGGAUGAUGGGCCUCCCCCAAUCUACAUCGGGUUUGGCUCUAUUGUUGUAGAUGACCCAGACCAAUUCACUAGUCUGAUCUUCGAAGCAGUCAAGUCCGUUGGCUGCCGUGCCCUUGUUUCUAAGGGCUGGGGUGGCUUUGGCUCCAACGCAGACUGCCCGGAAAAUGUCUUCAUGCUUGAGAACACACCGCACGAUUGGUUAUUUCCCAAGUGCAGUGCGGUUAUCCAUCAUGGAGGCGCUGGUACAACCGCUAUUGGCCUCAAAUGCGCCAUACCAACAAUGAUCGUACCCUUCUUCGGCGAUCAGCCAUUCUGGGGUGCGAUGGUUAGUAAGGCAAAAGCUGGAGCACACGAUUGUAUACCCUACAAGAAGCUCAGCGCAGAAAGACUAGCGGAGGGUAUCAAGCAAUGUCUGACUGAAGAAGCCAAAGAGAACGUGAAGAAGAUCGCAGACAGCAUUGCCAAGGAAGGCGAUGGAGCGCUCAACGCUGUGCGCUCCUUCCACCGGUCAUUGCCGCUUACCGGCGCAGGCAGCAUGCGCUGCGAUUUCCUGGACAACCGUGCGGCAGUAUGGAAGAUCAAAAACACAGAGGUCAAGCUCUCCGCACUCGCCGCCGAGAUCCUGGUAGAGAAAAAGAAGCUCAAGUGGAGCGAGUUGCGACUCAUACGACACUAUGAGUGGAACGACUUUGGUGGCCCAGGCGAACCUAUCACUGGUGUCUGGGGCAGUCUGAUGUCGUCAUUCUCUGAUGCGGCUGCCGGUGUAGGAGGCAUGCCUGUCGAGAUGGGGAAAAGCAUCAGGAAACGGGAGCAAAUCAAGGAAAAGAAGCGCAAGCACCAUCAACGCCACGAGCACAAGAAGGCAACACUAGCAAAAGCAAACGCCGAAAGUGCAAAUGCAGGUCAAAAUACGAACAAGAGCGAACAAGACGGUUCUCGACCACAAGCAAAUCGUAACGAAUCAUCCAUUUCGAAGAUCACGGAACCGGACGAAGAGCUGGCUGAGGAGCUCGGCCGCGAAGCUGCCUUUGGCUUCAGGAAGACAGGCCAUGCCAUCGCUCGAUUUCCUAUGGACUUGACGCUUGCCAUUACUCAAGGCUUUCAUAACGCUCCACGUCUCUACGGAGAUGAAACCGUACGCAGACCACCCCGAGUCACUGGUUUCCACUCGGGCACGCGCGCCGGUCGCGACGAGUUUCUUUACGGUGUAAGAGAUGGCGUUUCAGGCCUUGUCACCCAGCCCUACAAUGGCGCGAAACAGAACGGUGUUAUAGGCGCAGUCCGAGGCGUGGGCUUCGGUAUUGGCGGCUUCGUGCUCAAGGACAUCGCAGCUCUUCUUGGCCCUCUGGCAUAUACGAUGAAGGGGCUUGACGCGGAAUACAUGAAGCGGUACCAGCCCACGAACUAUCUCCGCCGUGCUCGUAUAGCUGAGGGGCAGAAAGAGCUGACGAUGUUGGAGUCGAAAGCUCAUAUUACGGCAAUCAAGGAAGCUCAAAACGGAGCCAAGCGACCUUCCGAGAAGAAGGAAUCCGUGGAAGAGAAUGUAGUUAUCCGAUGGAAGGCUCUGCAGAAAACGAUCGCAGACGAGAAGAAACAACACAAGAGUGGAAUCGUCGGCUCCCUCACCGGUCGAGGGGAUCACAAAGAAGGCCAACGAGUUGGACGCAAGUCCACUGAGGUCGCCAAGAAGGAUGCUAGGCGAUCGCAGUCCAAAGGAAGGCCGAAUACCCAUGCGCCCAACGACAAGCCCGGUCAACUCCUUCCAGAAGAUCAAUCCAAGGUGAUGGACCCCGGAAAAGCGCGAAGAAGCGUUGACGGCAACGCAAGGGGCGGAGGAAUGCACCGGAUGAGCACUGCGCCAACCACCACUUUGGAGCAUGGCGAACAUCUUGAAAGAGAGGAGUUGAAGCUGCCUCCAAGAUAUCAGGCGACCGGCGACGCUGCGUUGAAGGAGCACGACACAAACCCGCUUGGCUCAGCACAUCUAGGUGACGAUGCAAAGAACAAGUCUGAUCCUGAGCUUGCUAGCCCUAUCACUGAGGCUAACAACUUGGGACCUGUAGAUACGAAGGGCGGGUUGGAUGUUGCGGAUCGUCCUUCCGCAGAUGGCUCUGAUGAGACGCGGGUUGAUAGUGAUCUUACCGAUUGGGCUGCUGUGAGGCAGAAGACUGAUGGUUUGGCACCGGCCAAUGAGCCGCCUAGGGUGGUUGGUGUGUAG